UUUAAAUUUCAGGUGUUGCAGCGAAUGGUGGUCGCUGGGGUGGAUUUUGUGGGUGACGCGGACGACUAUGUCGAAUACAUUGAACCAUUCGCGUCCACGUUCCAAGUCUGCUUCCAGAGUGACGACUGGUUCACGUGCUGCCGACUCGAUAAAAGGUUCAGCCUACGAACGUACAACUCUUGGCGUCAGUGGAACGCGGGUCCGGACGUGUGUUUAGAAGGUCAGCUUUUCGUUCGGGGAAUCCGCAUCCCGCAAAAAGUGAGACGACAUCCCAUCUUCAAACGGAUCAUGACCAUCGUCAUGUCAAAUGUCGCCUGGGUAAACGACAUGUUCGGGGCGGGGAAGGACCUCUCGACGGCGGGCAACCAUCCGGACAACGAGCUCGUGUUCCGCGUGCUGGAAAAAGGGGAGGCCAUCCAGGACGUCGUGGACGACAUGUGUCUCCUCAUCGGCGAAGAGCUGCACGAUCUCAUUUACUUGAAACAAGCCCUCCUCGACAUUUUCGGCGAGUCCGAAAAUCUUCUCGGUUUCCUUCGGAAAUGGUCGACGUCCUGAUCGACGGUCAGUUCACGGUGUAU